GACCCGGGCCGCUCGGACAGCUGUCACCUGGCUAUCGGCUCCGGGAUACCUACGAGCGGGGCUGACAUCAUUUACGAGCCGUCUCGGACGGAAUAUCGUCUCGAUCGCGUCGCCCUUCGCCUUCGGGUUCGAACGUCCGCCUACCGGAUAUUCCGCGAACGCCGGAAUAAAUUCCGAUCACCGCGAGUUUCGAACGUAUACGGAACUUGGACUCCUCGAAGAAUCCGGCGCGCGUUUUCGAGCGACGGUACCGCUGCCGUGCUCGAACUUUCGAACGUUCGAAGGUACGUUAACGCCGAUUUUCACGCCGUUGCUGCUAUCGUGGAGAACAGCACCGGGAACAGCGCCGGCGAAGAGAAGAGGAAGAGAAGAUCGGACAAGAGCCUCGAUCAUCGGUGGCAGCGAUGCAGGGCCUUCUGCGGUCGGACGAGGAGCACACGCGCGAUCGCAGCAGCAACGACGGAAAAGAUCCGUUACGCGAAUUUGGUACCGCGAAUCCGAAUCGUCCACGGCACCGACGACGAGAUCGACGAAACAGCGACGCGGAGAAGACGGAAGAGGCUGGACCGCGUCACGACUCCGCGGCGCGGAUCGUCUGCACGGACGAUCCUCGGGACGAGCCGGGAACGCUAACGUUCCCGUUUUUGCGCCCAUGCGGUUCGAUCCGGCCGGAUUCACGGGACCAUCUACGUCGCACGAGCGAACCAACGGGAACGAGGAUCGCUCGUCCUCGAUUUUACGUAUCCGCUUUGGUCGCAGCGAUCCUUCCGUCGCGCGGAUCCGUUCGUUUCACCUUCGAGACCAGGUCGACGUUCUGGCGAGCAGUUUCCUAUUCGUCCUGCGAACUUGCAACAUUCUCGGACAACGAGCGUCCGAUCGAGAGAAGAAGCCACGUUGUCGUCGGCCCCGCGAUCGUCGCGAAUCCAACGGCGUUAACGGUGGAACCGUUACCGAUCGUCGUCGACUCGCGUCGCUCGUUCGGCGUCGUUCCGCCGAGCAUCAAAAUGGGCCCGAAUUCAGAAACGCCACUGCCUUUCGCGUAUUUUACUGUUCAGUUUACCGCAGUGAGGCGUGCGCGCGCAUUCGCACCCUCGCGAUUAUUUUGGAACGGAGAAAGCGUCGGGUGUCGCGAUUUCGUCGCUGCAACGGUCACGAUGCGGACCGAGGGAACGGUGACGACGACGACGACGACGACGACGCCGACGACGACGAGGACAACGACGACGAGGACGACGAGGAGAACGACGCCGGCCUCGUCGAGCGCGUUUCGUGGACGUCGCCUAGAGAAUCGAGGUCACGGCCGUCUCGCGACCGAAUCGACCACGAGACGAGAACGAGAACGAGAACGAGAACGAGAACGAGAACGAGAACGAGAACGAGAAAGAGAACGAGACGAAAGAGCGAUCACCGGCAAUCCGUCGAUCCCUCACCGAUACCCAUCGCGAACGUUCCUUCCGUCGACGCGUUCGCUUACACUGCCCACACCGACGAGGACGAGGACGGAUGCCGUCGCGACAUCGAUGCGUCGUCUGUUCGCGAGCGAGACGGAAAGCUUCGAAGGAGCAGCACGGCUCGUCGAGGAGAGGUUCGCGACCAGAAGCACGAACGCGGAUACGAACGGUUACGCGUCGCGAACGGAAACGGAAGAAGCGGAAACGAUUACACUGCCCGGUUCCAGGAGCCGAUUACCAACGGAAACUGCAACACCGAGAAACAGUUGGCGACCAGCGGAUCGACGAGACUGUCCAAUUCCUGCGGUCGAAAGUACGGCUUGUUGUUCGUCAUGUAUUUGCUCGCUUGGCCGCUUGUCUGUUCGACGACUCCUUCCGGACAAUUUGCUUCCGGUUUCGCCCACGGUCCAUCCCUCGGUCCCGCCGAGAAUCUUUUGCAGCGCAACGCCACGCAAAUUUCAUCGUUGUUUUCGUCGGGUGUCGCGUACCAACAACGGCAACAGGAACAGCAACGGCAGCAGCAACAACAGCAACAACAACAGCAGCAGCAGCAACAGCAACAACAACAGCAGCAACAACAACAGCAGCAGAAACAGCGUCAUCGUCAGCCGGAAGAGCAAUUGGUUCGAGACGCGGAGUACGGUAGAGAGGGUAACGGGCAUCGUCGUCGCUGGUACGAGGAUCAGCGAAAGGAAGAGGAACGCGAAGAACGCGAAAUGGACGAGUCGUCGUCGUAUCAAGGUCACCAGGCGGCUCUCGAAUCCGAAACGAUACAUCCUUACAACGAAUACAGCUGGGAGGUGAACCAGAUAAAUCCUUGGCUGUCGGCCUGCGAUCUGGCGGGCCCAGCGCCGGCCGAUCUUCAAGGUAGUUGCGGUCCACCGGAAGUCCCGAAGAACUGCCCGAUCGCCUGCGUAACCGGCUCGAAACCGACCGAACGGGAGAAGGAGUUUCUCGAGGUGAUCGAGAGGAAUUCCUGGUCGAGGCGAACCAAGCCGAACGAUCCCGGAUCCGUGGAGGAGAACGGCAACGAUACGAAGAAGAACAAGAAGAGGAAGAAGAAGAAGAUUUCCGCGGAAGGCGUACAGAUGGCUCCGGAACAGUGCCUUUUUUAUCUCGAGGAAUCGCAUAAGCGGGACAUCUGUCGAGAUGAUUUUGGCCGGACCAGUACGCGAAGUUUUUUAACCCCGAGGGAGAAUCGAUAUUGGUUCAUGAGCGGGUUGCGUCUGCGGCACUGCUGCGAGCACGCGGUGGUCAACGCCCUGGCGCCCGGCAAGGGCGGUCCGCUCGAGAACGUGCUAAACGGUGGCCAGAAGUGCGCCGAUGCCCUGGACAAGCUGUUGCUCGUCGAUGCGUUAGCCGCGAGAUUGCAUUGUGAAUUCGAGGAAGUGCUGGCGCGAUACGACUGUGCUCAGCCCUAUUCGGUCAUCUUCAACUGCACCCAUUGUAAGGAAGCGUAUAGAAAAUGGGUAUGCAGCUCCCUGGUGCCUUACUUUGCUCAUGGGGGACCGCAGGACUUGGACAGUUCGGACAGCUGGGUCGGAAGCAGGCUAAGGCCCUGUCGGUCCUUUUGCCAAUCCGUGGAGCAACGUUGCCCUUACUUACUUCCGGGUGACCGUGCCCCCGCUUACCCCACGCAGUACGCUGGCGAACCUACUUUCCUUUGCAGAGAUCCAAACAUCCCCGAGACCGGAGAACAAGCUGCGAGGGCGUUGCAUAGCAGCGAAGAGAACGAGUGUUGCUUUCACGCGUGCUCCGAGGAGUAUCCGGGAUCGGGUAUCUGCGCGAAUUGUACCGACCGAGAACCACGGAAACGCGGGAGAAGCCACGAUCCUCCGACAGCGCCCUUCUGCGAGAUUAAUCCUAUUCAACCAGCUUUCACAGGUGUACAAAUCGAAGAAGAGGACGAAUCGUCCUCGUCGGCGAGGGACACGGCGGCGCCUGGGACGGCGACGAAUCCGGUGCAACAACAGGGGACCUCGUUGUGCGGAAGCGGCGGUGUCGGUUCGAUGACGAGCGUCUCGUCCUCCGAUCGAUCAACGAUCAGCCUUCUCCCGCAACUGUUUUGGUUAUGCUCGAUCUUGACCAGCAGCCUCGGUAACGUUCGAACGAUCCCCGUGGUAUGGUUCACUCGGAUUAUCGCGCGGACGCGCGUCGUCGCUGGCGGACGAUCGGUGGUUCGCAAAGAUCAGCAGCCGACCGGUAGACCUUGUCGCUUGGCUGCACGAAACGAGCCUGCGUCACGUAACCGAGUGGAUGCUCGAAAAGUGGGUGACGGUCGAACGUCGGUGCCGAGGUUGUUGGUGGUAUCGGUGGUGUCGGUGUUGGUGCUGGUGCUGGUGCUGGUGUUGGUGCUGGAGUUGGAGGCGAAGGCGGAGGUGGCGCGGAAUAUCGUCGAGCGGUCGCGUUCGAUGGAAAUUCCGACCCGCGGUGACUCGUCGACGCGAGUAGACGCUCGUCGGACACGGGAUUCCGGCUCGUUCGCCGUCAAGUGUCGCUGGCGGCGAUGGAAUUGGUGGUGGUGGUGGUUGUAUCGAUGGUGGAGAUCGCGGACCACGGCGGGGUACGCGACGAAACGCGCAGCCGGAAGAAACGAACGGGACGGCAGGAACGUGAGAAGCGGAAGGAGAAGGAAAAACGGCCGGUUAAGGAGGAGAAAAACCGCAGGAAGUUUCGACGUUUUCGGCAACGACGUAUGGCAUUGCUCGGCCACGCGGCGAUACUUUCGAUUGUCCUCGAGAAAGGAUCCGCCAUAGAGGAGGUCGGGGGGAACGCGAGCAGCGUGAAAUACAGGUUUUUUCUAUCGGUAGCCAGAGCUCCGUCGUAAAGGACUUUGGAUCUACGAUUCCGUCGGACCUUCUUCCGAACGGACGAAGGGUUUUCGAGGGCAAAGCCCUCGAGGAGGAAGGUCGGUACGAACGAGAGGGCGCGUGGCAAACGUAGAUAAAAAAAAAGCUGGAAAGAGAGUCGGAAUGCCUGGAAACGGAACGAAAACGAGAUAAAAGGCAUUCGAAGAAGAAGAAAAAGGUAAAUCACGGUAUCGAACGAGAGCGAGAGAAGCGUGCACGGUGAACGCGCGCGAGCUGCGUACGACGACUUUCGAAGCCGGAUGGAGGAGGGUAUUUCGAGGUUUACGGAACGAACGCUUCGUUCCGAACGAUAGAAUGAGAAAGGGAGAAAGACGCGUACACGAAUGGAAAAAUCGAAAAGACCGGCAACGUCUAUCGCUAAUAAUAACGAUAACAAUAAUACAAUAAUAAUUAAGUAAUUAAUUAUGAUAAAGAAUUAACGACGGUAACGGUAACGAUGACGAGGCCGAUGAUAGAACGAUGCCGAUAAUGAAAUUACGAUAACAACGGUGAUCGAAGAAUAAUGAAAUAAAAUACUAGUUAACGAAUAAUAAUAAUGAUGCUGAUGAUGCUGAUGAAUAACGAGGUAAAAUAAUAACGGUUAAAUAAUUAAAAGAAAAGAAAAAAAAAUGAAGAAACCAUGAAGUAACGUUAACGUUUACGAUAGAAUGAUUACGAUACAGUUAUUAUUACACGUUCGAUGCGUCCCACAUAAUACACGCACACACACGCGCACACACAUAUACACGACACGUAUACACACGUACACGAGGAGUAUUAAUUAUUUCGAAGAAAAAAAAAGACGCAGGAGAAGAGGUAAAAAUGAAAAAAAAAAAUAAAUAAAUAAAUAAAAAAGUUAAAGGUGCGAACGAGCGAACGAAGAAGCGAGAGAGUACGUGGACAGCGUGAUAGAAUUCGAGCGCGAAAGAGAGAACGAAUGCGAGACAGCGAGAAUGCGAUUAAAGGUGACUCGAGAAAUGAUACGCGCGAGAAGCGAGCAUACAUUCGCGUAUUAAGGCAUUAAACGAUUAAACGAGACAUUUAAAGAAUAUACAAAAGAAAAAAACAUGACGUAGAUAGAUAGCAUUUCGGUCGUGAAGGGAAAAUAAAGGGAAAAAACGGAAACGAGGGAACGCGAUGGAACACGUAGUCGACCAUCCUUGCAUCGACAUUUCGUAAGGAAUCGUAGAAAUGGCAACAGAGAAUAAAACACGACUUUAUCGAGGUAUAAUAUGUGUUCGUUUAGACAUUACAAUAAAUAACUACUAUGUUAACUUAGACACGUAACGGUACGAAUCGAGAGAGAACGAGGAACAGAGAGGAUAAAACGAAUGAAUGACACGAAAGAGAACGCGAGAGGAACUUAUGGUAGAAUGCAUGAUUAGUAGAGAGCGCGUGAAAACAAACGAGAGAAUACGAGGAAA